GGCCGGAUCCUCCGCUGCUCUCCGCCACACUGCGGCUGGCUGGCACUCUGACAAUGACUUGCAUGCUGAUUAUUGUGGAGAUCGACAAAGGAGACAAGGAAAGGAGGAGAUGAACCGUUUCCUUAGAGCUGGGGAGAAUGGAGGGCUGCUGACAGACUGCAAGGGGCUGUCACCCAACCACACCGCCGCCUUCUCCUCCUCUUCCUCCUCCUCUAUCUCCAUCACCUCCUCCUCCUCCUCCUCCAGCACCGCUGGCUCAGCCGACAGACACGCGGCCCUGCCCUCGCUCCAGACCCGGGGACCUGGCAGCGGCGGGUCGGAGCCGAGGAGAUCCGCGCUUAAACGAAGCCGAGUCGGCCGCGAAGGACGGGAGGAACCGGUGGCGGCCGCAGCGGGUCACUCAUUAGCGGCUGCUGUCGCGGUGCGAGGUGGCGGAGAAGCGUGCUUCGGGGUCGGUAAGCAGCAGCAGCGUCGGGAGGCUCAAGGACGCAGCGUCGGUGGAGAAGGUCUGGAGAUGAUUUCAGCGGUCAACAGAGAGGCGGACGGCGGCGGAGGGAACGGAGUCUCCGAAGUGACCGCUCCUUCUGCGUCAUGCGCCAAAGGCAAGGAGGAGAGGAAGGGGAAGAACGUGGUCCGGGGCUGGAAGAGGGAGAGAGACAGGGAGAGGGACGCCGCUGCUCCUUCUGCCCGAACGAGGAAGGAGAAGCCCAGUGAUGGCUCAUCUCCUCCUCCUCCUUCCGUCUUCCUCCCGUCGUCGUCCGCCCUGCCCGCGCCCGAGCAUCAUCUGUGCGGCCCCGGACACUGCCUCUGCGCCGCUCCGGACUCCAGGCUCCCGGGAGAUAUCAACAACGUAAACAAUAACAACAAUAGUCACGGCGGCGCUGCUGCUGCCGCCACCGGUAAAAACGCGCUGGAGUUUGGAGUCAAAAGCGGCACUAUUGUUGUCAGGCGGCAGCAGGACGACACGCCGGCCGCCAAGAAGCACAGAGGAGCCGAGAAGGUGGACCCCAUGUUCACAGUCCCAGCUCCCCCAGCUCCAGGUCACCCCGGGACCCCUGGAUGCUCACUGCCCACGGCCCCUUCCUUUUCCCCCCCGGCACUGCCCACCUCGAAUCCUAAGCAGCUGGCGGUGAGGACGAGGUCUAUUGGCACCAACACCCAAGAUGGAGCUGUCUCAGGGGCGCUGGAGGCUGAUUCGGCCUGCUUGGGGCCCUGCCAGCCCGGGACUAGUGUCAACCUAGAGGGUAUCGUUUGGCAUGAGACAGAGGAAGGUGUGCUCGUGGUGAAUGUGACAUGGAGGAAGAGAACCUACGUGGGAACUCUGUUAGACUGCACCAAACAUGACUGGGCUCCUCCAAGGUUUUGUGAGUCGCCCUCCAGUGACCCUGAGUUGCCAGGCGGUCGUGGCCGGGGAAAACGUAUGCGAAUCGCCAUGGCCGAGCGGCCCUGUGUAGAGCCGACCCCAGCUGCCAAAGUCCGGGGUCUAUCUCAGCACAGGAGUCGUGGAGGUAGUGUGGCUGGAACAGCUGCACCUAUCCACAGCAAAGGAAGGAGAGGCAGCCUAAAUCUCAUCAACAGCAACUGCCGAGGGCCUCCUUCUUUCUUCACUGUGGAAGAGGUGAAACCGGCCUCUCUCUCAUCUGGGAAGAGAAAGAAUAAACCGCCAUCUGACUUGGACCUCAGCCUGGUCUCCUCAGAUGACGUUAAAAAUGGCAAUGGGAAGAGGAUUCGAGCAAAAUCCCGGAGCGCCCCAUCCACUCCGCAGGGUAAAUCUGACCCAUCAUUUAUGGAUCCAGGAGGAGGCUGUGCUUCUUCACCACCACCACCCAUCCUCAUUGACUGCCCCCAUCCAAACUGCACUAAGCGCUAUAAGCACAUCAACGGCCUGCGCUACCACCAGACGCAUGCACACCUGGAGGCCGAGGAGCAGCGGAAGCCUGAACUAGAGCCCACGAAGGACGGGGAGAGCGAAGAACGACUAUCAGACUGUGAGGACAGCAUCAACAAUAUGACGUAUGACCUCUCAGAGACAAACAACAGCACUAAUACCAACAGCUCCUCAAAGAAACCUGCUCCACUGUACAAGGUGACCACAGUGGGGUCACCUAAGAACAGACGACUUCUCCUCAGUACUGACCACAGCCCCACAGCCAAUUCCAAAACCAGAAGAACCUCACUGCUCAAAGAUGGUCUAAUUGAUGACCUUAGUAAUCUGCCAAUCAUAUCUAACAUGACUGUGGUUCUGGAAAACUGCAUGGUCCCAGACAGGAAUUCUUCAGUAGAGAUGCCCAAACUGUAAGCCGAAGGUUUGAUUGAGAAGAAAGGAAGCACCUGUGAUAAGGUCAAGAAGGCCAACGGGAAGGUAGAGAAGCUGUCCAAGUCGAGGACCAACCGACCAAUCGCUCCAGCCCCUGCUCCACCCAAGCUUAUUGCCAUACCCAACACGCCUUAUCCAGCCAGCCCAGCAGAUGCUGUUAACUCACAGCAGCCAUCUCCUAUGGCAGCUGUAGGCCUCACUAGUAAAAACCUCCCUUUGAAACCCAUCAAACCAAAGUUAAGCAUUGUUGUAGAGCCAAGCCUGGUCAAAGCCACGCUUGUCACCUGCAAAGAGACCAGAAAAAAAGAAAAGCGGAGACUUAAAGACAAGCAUAGCAAAGAUGCACAAGUGAGAACACCUAAUGGAGACAGCAGUGGAAUUAAAAUGGAUGAUGGUGUUGGAUCUAAAAUUGGUGUAAAGGAAAAUUCUGGAAGUCUUCUAAAGGAGCAUCUCAGUAAGCAGGAUGUAAUGAAUGGACUCAGUGAAAGCCAGGAAAGCCGGAUGGCCAGUAUUCGUGCUGAGGCCGACAAGGUCUACACCUUUACUGACAAUGCCCCCAGUCCUUCUAUUGGUGGUUCAUCACGCCUUGAUGCAAGUGGUGGUUGCCUGGCUACAGCAGACAGCAGCAGCAAGAACAACAGUCCCGCCUACUCCGACAUCUCAGAUGCCGCGGACGAUGGGGGAUCUUCUGAAUGUCGCUCAGAUGGAAUCAGAUCCAAGUCCGGCUCCUCGGCUUCUUCCGAGGUGAGCUCCAACAGCAACCACGGUAACUCUGGUAAAACCCCAUCUACUGCAUGUACACCAUCAUCAAAAGACCCCCAGUCCCCAUACUACCACAGCUAUGAACCCUACUACCUGUCAGGGUACAUGCAGUCAGAUAGGCAGAACAGCAGCAGCAUUUCUUUCCACAAAUCCCAUGACUGCAAGGGGAAAGACAGAAAAGAAGAACUGAAAGAGGACGACAAAAACUCCUCUCACGAGUUCUCUGACUCUAAGAAAGGUGAUGGACCGCCUCAGUCUCAGCUACAGCUGGCUAUGAGUCAGACCCAGACAGCUUUGGCCCAGUCCCUAUAUUAUGGUCAGUACUCAAGGGGACUGUACAUGGACCAAAAAUUGUUAUUAUCUUCAAAAUGCUGUGAUCAGAUGUCCAGUGCCAAGCAGAGGGCACAGGGGGUGAGAGACAGUGACGAUGUUAAACAUAUGGUUGGGGGUUCAGCUGGUGGACUUAUGCUAGGUAAAGGUCCAGAUGGUGGUAAAGGUUGCUGUCCCAAACCUGUCCUGUCCUAUGUGGAGAUGAGUGAGAGGGGAGAAAGGGGACAAAGUCUGGGCGUAAAGGCGGUACACGGUGGCAUGGUGGACCAGCACCAGGUCUCAAUGAAAGACUGUGAUGACAUCAAGUCACCCUCCUCUUCCUCUUCUUCAUCACUCCACAACCCAAACAGUCACACAGAUCUGGACUCAAAUGUUUCCUUUUCCAGUCCCUCAGACGGCCCCACCUGGGCUCACCACCUCGCUCACAGCAAAUACUCAGAGCUACAGAGUCAGCAUGGGGAGGAGGCGGAGGAGGGCGAAUCAGACAGUGGAAAAGAAUGGGGAACUACCGUGGAGCCUGCCGGGGCCAAGAUGACUUCAGGAGGAGCAGGUGGAGGAGAAAGAGGAGGAGGUGUGGGCGCAGAUGCUAAAAAAGCCAGGGUCCAUGGAUCACACGAUCUCCUGCCUGCCAUCGACACAGAGGAUUCAGACAGGCUGGAAGGGCUGGACGAUCAGGGCCAGGAGCCAAUGGGAGGGCUGUCUGAGGAGUCCCAAAGUGCCCGGGCAGCAGUUUCUCCUCCAAUGACCCCCCAGCAGCCCUACAUCCAAUACCAGCACUCCUCCUAUCCGCCCUACCUGGCCAUGUGCGAGAGUGGCGGGAGCACUUACAGAGGAGUGUCCCCAACCCUGGUCCACAAUUACCCAGGUUUCCAUUAUCCUCUGUACGGUAAGACUGCAGGCAGGGAGGAGUCAGAGGUGACGGCACCCGGCAGAGGAGGCGCGGUGAGCGGCAAGCAGAGCAGUGGCGACUCCUCGUCCUCAGCCAUGGAGAUGCUGCAGCAGCAGAGCCAUCAGUACCAUGGAAAAUCACCCGCUCCUGGUGAGAAGGGAUCUCCUGAAGGAGAGAGAGAGACAGAGAGGGAGAGGAACCAUGUGUCGUUCGCCCGACACCUCCACACACACCAUCACACACACCUGGGUAUGAGCUACAACCUGAUGUCAGGACAGUACGACAUCUACCAAGGUUUGAGCUCCAGGUCGCUGGUCUCCAGUCAGCAGGUGCCAGGACACUCCUCAACUGACAGUGAAGGGAAGAAGUAGGACCAUGUGACCACGUCUCACAUGAGGAAUGGCAGAUUUAUCAGACAUCAAUUCCAUGGUGUUGAAUAAGCUUCGCCUCGCUGAGAGGCAGAGAACAAAAACUAAAAAAGAAAAAACUUCUUUCAUUUCUUAUUAAUAACAGAAGAACCACUUUUAUAACUCAUCAUAGAGGAGCUGAUGAGUGGGACAGGAAGCAGGACCGGGACCUGACCGAACGAGGAACUACCUGUUAAACCCAGAAUCACAGACUUUUGGAGCGUUCGGUUUUGCAGAGUUUCGACAGAAGCAGGCGGCACAUAUGAAACAUCCCAGAGCCUGAGCAGAGCUGGUGUUUAACUUUGGAAAUGCACAGUUAUUGUAGUGUGUUUUGAUGAUGAUGAUGAUAUGACUGAAUGUACUGAUGAUGACUUACACUUUAGUGUGGAUCUUUUUUUUUAAAUGGGACAAAAACAGCAUUAGGAAGCUAAAAAGUCUAUUAUUAUCCUUAUUAUUCUCAUGAUUAUUGAAGUGGAAGUCCUCCUCCCUCCAUAGUGCUGACGCUACAUUUGUAUUACUAACCUGUAACUUGAGCGUAACCAUGUUGAUUGUAUUGUCUUUAUGUGAGAGUAAACCUUCACAUUGACCUACCCAGUGCCAUGUAGGAACCCAAUGGUGUAUAUAUUCUGUACAGAUUCAUGGCAGAGCACUAACAUGCUUUAUCGUGCACUAUCUAGAUCUCCAUCAGCCGUGUGUGGGAGCAGAGGCAGAGCAAGGAUGACCGGCAGAAACAGAACCACUCUUUAUAUCACUGACUUCAGUUUAUCUGCAGCACAUGUGCUGAUGUCAUAGUUUAGGCUGCAUAUGUGAUCAGUACAAUCGGUUUGCCCCAGUUUGUGCUUCUCAUGAGUGGCUGUGUGCCCGAGUGUCUGACAGAUUCAGACUCAAAUAUCUUCACACCUGCUGGAUGCACUUUCAUUACUGGUUACAGUUCAUAUGUCAACAGUUGGAUUGAUGUACAUGGGCUGACGCUGGCCUUCACAAGCCCACAAGGUGUGCUAUAUUUAGGCCACUGAUGAGCUACAUUGCAAAUCUGUAUGUCAUCCAUCUAACUGACCACAUACUGUGUAUGAGAGAUAGCCACAGUGACACCCAUUGGUUCCUGGACUUUUGAGGCCUAACCGUUACCAUUUUGGCCACCACCAUGCUGGUCUUUAUGGAGUUUCAGGGACAAUAUGUGGCCUAGGAGGGUGGGGUGCUAUGUUAACAGCUAACUAGCUGCAUCCAUAGACUGUAUGGGUGCAAUGCACAGACACAGAUACUGCUAAUUAGUACUACCUGUAUAUAAGAGAAUGUCACUCACCAAAACUGAAGCACAAGUUUUUGCAUGAGCUGCACAGCAGGUCAUAUAAUAUAGAAUGUAUGGAGUUCAGUCGAAAAUGCGUCAUAAGGCACCGACAGCACAAACACAGCUGAGGGGUCUACGUUAGUGAGUCCAGUUAGAAGAGGUGAAGGCUUUUAAUGGGAAGUUUAUGAGGACUGACUAACUUUUGGAGCGAGCCUCCAGGAGCUAUUAGAAGAACUCCAACAGCAGCACAGCAUGCAUGUUUCUGCAGACACUAUUCAGUCAGCCAGUCAGGAGUAUCAUAGAUCAAUGACACGUAUCUGUUUGGAAACAGCAGCAUGAGGACAUCAUUCUGUCCUAAAUCACUUUUUACUUUGACCAUCUAACAAAACUUGUAUCGACUGAUGAGAAAACAGCUACAGUGUUUAUGCUUCAACAUGUUAGCAACUGCAUAAAACAGAUAAAUGACUGCAGCAGCUAAAUGUAAUCAUAAGAGAAAGAAAAAUAAUGUUGCCAAAGGUGUUUAGCAGCUUCUGUGAGGAUAAGAGUGUUGAUGAAUACCCGUCUGUGCAGGAGAAGUCCAGGGUUUAAUGUUUUCCUUUCUAACAGAAAAUGAGUUAUCAUAACCUCGAGGCUGUCUCUGUACUCAAAACCAAAUGGAUCACGGUGUUUUCACUCAGGUAAAAUAGUGAGUUGGUGGCCAAAAACCAAAAACUAUAUUUGACUUUUGUUUUUUAAUCAAAUCCAAUGAUUGGUUGCAGACGGUGAACUUUUGGUUGACUUAUGUUUUUUGUUUUUACAUAUUGUAUAUUAAGUUAUUUACUUGGUUGACAGAGUGCAACCUGAACAUUUUUAGAUGCACACACUGGAAUUUUCUAAAAUUCUUGAGCUCAGUUUUUUUUUUUCUUUGUUCGUUUGAUCAAAAUAUUUGUUUUACAUCACAAUUAAGAGAAAAGUUGCUAGAAAUAUCUUACAGGAUACAAUCUGCACUCAAAUAAUGCAAAGUAGACACACACUGGAAUUGUCCUUUAGUUUAAAUGCCCACAUUAGUAUAGUCAGUGAUGUUUGUGGGGACAUACUGUACAUAUGUGGAGUCACAAUCCUUCGCCCUGCUCCUGCUCCCAUGCUCUCUACAAGCUAACUAGCUCACAGCAGAGUCCCUGAUAGACACAACGGUUUGAUUUUACCAUUGGUGACGUACCACUGCCAGCUUUGAUCGGGCUCAGCAGGUGCAUGCUUCCUACACAGGAGCUACUCAUCUUUAUCCAAAAUUUGUCCCAAACUCCUACAGAGCUGCUGUAGGAGUCAUAAUGAUGUUCAUAUCUGGAGUAUGUGCCAAAAAAAACCAACAGUAAACCUCUAUUAGGCUGUUUCCACAAAUACAGUCUCAGCUUAUCAAUCAAGCAAGUAACCCGAGGCUUAAUUCAGCAGCCCUCUGGAUGGUCAGCUAGUGUCACCAGCCACCAUGUCUAGAGGAUUAUGGCUGAGUGCUGGGGCCAAUUAAUAGUUUCAGUGUCCGGUUUCAUGGCCAGCUACAGACUGGUUCCAAGUGUGACAUGGCUACCGCUUGUGUAUGAUCCCCAAAAAUCUGGAAAAAGUGCUGACUAAUGACUGCUGGUUUAGGCUAAAGGCUUUACUGUUGGUAAGACUGAGAUCGGCGACAAUUAGACAAUAGACUAAUAAAAGAUGGAUUAAAUAUCAGAAAAUUGUCAAUCAUAAGGUAGCCACGCCAUAAAGCAUAUAUUAUCUUCUAUUUUAGUCUAAAUGGGGACCAUAUUUUACUAAAUAGACAUCAUGCUGUGUUAUAAGAAAUUAAAAUAGUAAUUGAGACUAAAAUCUCAUCAGGAAAGCAAGUAUUGGGGGCUUGCAAUCCAAAUGGGAAGUAGGGAGAUUUUCUCAAUGACUUCUGUACAAUUGGGGUUUUUUUCCAACCAGAGCAGUCGCCCCCUGCUGGCCAUUAGAAACAAAGCAUGUCUCAGAAACUUUCACAGUGGGCUUUUCAGACCAGGAGGCUUCACCAGUCUUGUAUAUCCUAUUUAUGGAUCAGACCAGUGGAACUAAACUAAGUUUGCCAUUUCUCCAGCCAAUGCUGUGCUAACUGUAGGCAGUUUCUAAUUAACUAUGAUUAAUUUCCUUCUGGUCGUCCUUUAUUCCCAAUGCAAUCUGCAGCUCAUCUAUGUGGCUCUAAUUUUGCUGAGUCAUGUAGUUUAAUGCAUCAGCUGAUUUCCUGUCAAAUACCUUCAAAAGGCCUGUUUGCUGUGGUUUUAUGGGAAAAAAUAGCUAGUAAAAAUAUUGGAAUAUUUUAUGGUAAAUUUAAGCUCAAUUUUAAAAUUGAAAAUGAAAUUUUUGUAUUUAUUAGAAAAAAUCUCUUGCAGCCCUCCUUCAUGACACGAUUGUGGGGAUCACUAGCCUAGACAGCAAGCUGAACAUUUCACCGUGGAAACCAGAUGUUCCAUCAAAUGUAGCCAGUUUCAUUCAGUGUGGAGGUUUAGCUUGGAAACUGUAUUCACAGUAACUUCAGAUGAUGUAAAUACUGCACAGCAUAUAUUGAACUCACUGCUGCCUGACAACAAACACCCCAAUGGUCCACCCUGUCUAUCAGCAGCUCUGCCUCACUCACAACACCUUACCUGCAUAGUAUCAGUGAUCAUUCUAUUACUUGAAUAUAGUGCUAUGAACUCUGUUUACAAAAUGCUGUCAACUUUUGGGAGACACAGUGUUGUCUUUAAAAGGCUGCUUGGUAUGUUCAGUUCAUCCACCUGGUGUAUCCAGUUAUUCACACACCGAACAAAUCAUGAAACUUGCUGUUGCUUUUUUAUACUGUAUAUGCCUUAAUUCAUAUGUUUG